AUGUACGUAACGUUUAAUUGUUUCAAAGCUAUCUUCCUUUUACCAUGGCAACAGCAAGGUUUAAAACCCAGAACCACACCACGUGACACACCACGUGACACACCACGUGACACACCACGUGACACACCACGUGACACACCACGUGACAGCAUCACACCACGUGACAGCAUCACACCACGUGACAGCAUCUCACCACGUGACAGCAUCGCACCACGUGACACUAGAACCACACCACGUGACACUACAACCACACCACGUGACAGCACCACACCACGUGACAGCAUCACACCACGUGACACUAGAACCACACCACGUGACAGCAUCUCACCACGUGACAGCAUCGCACCACUAGCAGUAGCUCUCAUUGGUCUCGGUCGUAUUGGUGUCAUGUACCUGUCUAACAUCAGAGCUAACACACAGUUGAGGCUCUGCUGCGUGGUGCUGUCUCCCCGGCAGGACCCUGGUGAGGUUCGCGCGCAGCACGGGAUACCAGCCCACGUGACAGUGUCAUGUGAUCCACAGAGCGCGUUCUCUGAUCCGGGUAUUGAGGCUGUUAUCAUAGCGUCCUCCACUGCUUCCCAUGUAGAUCUCAUAUUAUCAGCUGUAGUUGCUAAUAAGGCGGUGUACUGUGAGAAACCUAUAUCAGAUAGUCUAGAGAGAACAAGACAAUGUUACCAGGCAGCAGCUCAGGCUGACCUACCUUUAUUCUGUGCUUUCAACAGGAGAUUUGAUCCGAGUUACUCGCACAUCCAGGCUCAGGUAAGGGCCGGUGCUGUUGGUAAAGUUCAGACUAUCAAGUCAGUCAGCAGAGACUCUCCAGUCAUUCCCCUGUCUUAUAUCGGACCCUCUGGAGGGAUAUUUGAUGAUUUCUCAGUUCAUGAUAUCGACUUGUUACUCUGGGUUACCGGGGAUGUUCCUGUACAAGUGUUUGUGGCUGGAAACGCUCAAAUACCCGAGUUCUCCGACUACAACGACUACGACAACAUGAUAAUCGUCCUGACCUUCAAGCACGGUACUCUGGGUACGAUAGACCUGAACAGGUACUCCAGCUACGGGUACGAUCAGAGACUGGAAGUGUUUGGACCUCUUGGUAUGUUGCACUGUGAACAUUCCAGACCCAACCACCUGGUGACAAGUGACCCAUCAGGUUCCACCAGCACUCCGUUACAUUACUCCUUCCCAUCUCAUUACGACCAAGCGUUUAAGAACCAGCUGGGUUAUUUUGUAGACUUGGUGAGGGGUAAGGUGGAGUUGUCUGUGACAGAGAGGAUGACCAGGGCUGUGAGCAAGGUAGUGGAGGCUUGUAAGGAGUCUGCGGUUAGUGGGUUACCGGUUAAGAUAGCCUGGUCCGAGGAGGAAAUCCCAGAGUAUUGA